UCCACCUUUCGCCUCCGUUUCUCUCCCUUUCUUUCUUUCCGUGUUUCCGUUGGUCAGUUCGUCGCGCGAGACGUCUAUCUCGCCACUUUCUUUCGCGUUCCAUUUACAUUGCGAGUAUCGAACGUCGCGCGAUGUUGUCACUGGUCGAUCGCCGACAGACGUGAAAUUGAUCACGAAACGAUCGCCGACGAGAAGGUAGCUGGGUGCGGUUUUUAUGGUUAGGCAAACAGAAAUGUGCUGGACGUGCGAGCCAGUGGCGGAAAAGGGCAAUCACGCUGCCCUUACACCCCUGGAGGACAUGUCAGCUGGCCGGGGGCAAGCAGGUGGGGGGCCUCCGCCGAAUUGUCAGAAAGUUUUUAUACAACGUGACUACAGUGAAGGCACUAUGGUUAAGUUCCAGACGCAAUUUCCCACGGAACUGGAGAGCAGACUGGACAGACAGUCGUUCGAGUACACGAUCACUCAGUUGAACAACUACUUCGCAGAAGCCGAACGAGCCAGUUGUUCCACGUACUGCGAAGGCUGCCUCGCUUGCCUCACUGGUUAUUUAAUUUACAUAUGUACAGAGACUCAUUACGAGAAGUGUCUACGAAAAGUGGCGAAGUUUGUUAGUGAACAGAAUGACAGAGUCUACAAGCCGCGUGGCCUGUUACUGACGGAUCCUGUAAUGCGCGGCCUUAGGCUAAUAGAAAUUUCAGUACUGGACAGACCUGCGUCGUGACUGCACAUUAGCCGAUCCAGGGAGUUCUUUAUGUGAUCCGCGCACCUCUGCCACAUUGCUGGAAUUGCGAAACCUACAUGAGCUGAUGAGUGUCUCUGGACAGAAAUUUCGUUCAAAUCUCCUGCUUUACAGUUUAACUCGUGCAAUGUGAAUUUCGCUGAGGAAAUUCACAGGGCGGAAGAGA